AUGGCCGCCCAAACAUACCUUCAUCUUCACCCUCUUCGAUGUCUGCCAUUUCCACUCAGGAUCCAAAACCCACAAAACCAAACCCAUCAUUUCAAACAAAAACCCAGAAAUCCAGUCGUCUGCAAGCUUCGAGUAGCUGUAAUCGGCGGCGGUCCAGCUGGGUCUUCAGCUGCAGAAGCUCUAGCCACUGGCGGAAUCGAAACUUUCCUCUUUGAACGAAGUCCAGCUACAGCCAAGCCAUGCGGCGGCGCCAUUCCACUAUGCAUGCUCGACGAAUUCUCAAUACCUUUAAAUCUCAUCGAUCGCCGCGUCACUCAGAUGCGAAUCGUUUCUCCGUCAAAUCUCGUCGUCGAUUUCGGUAAAACCCUAAAACCCCAUGAAUUCAUCGCAAUGCUCCGGCGAGAAGUGCUCGAUUCAUUCCUCCGGCAGCGGGCUGAAUCUAGCGGCGCCACUCUUCUCAAAGCACUGGUCACCAACCUCGUGGUCCCCACAUCCACACGCGAGCCGUACGUCAUUCACUACACCAUGGAUAACUGCCAGCAUCAGCUCGCCGUCGAUGUCAUCAUCGGCGCCGACGGAGCCAAUAGCCGUGUAGCUAAAUCGAUCAAAGCUGGAAAUUACACUACUGCCAUUGCUUUCCAAGAGAGGAUCAAAUUACCCGAGGACAAAAUGGGGUAUUACGAAAAUUUAGCUGAGAUGUACAUAGGGAAUGACGUGUCACCCGAUUUUUACGCUUGGGUGUUCCCUAAAUGCGACCACGUGGCAGUGGGGACGGGGACGGUCUGCUCAAAAUCCGAUAUCAAAUCACUUCAACACGCUAUUAGAGCACGAGUCAAACCAAAAAUCGAAGGCGGGAAAGUGAUCAAAGUAGAAGCUCAUCCCAUACCAGAGCAUCCGCGCGCGGUUAGGGUCCGCGGACGUGUCGCUCUAGUAGGGGACGCAGCCGGAUACGUAACAAAAUGUUCGGGCGAAGGAAUAUAUUUCGCGGCGAAAAGCGGAAGAAUUUGUGGGGAAGCAAUCGUGAAGGCUUCAGAGGGUGGAGAGAAUAUGAUCAAUGAAGACGACUUGAAAAGGGAAUAUUUAAGGAAUUGGGAUGACAAGUAUUUUACUACAUUCAAGUUCUUGGAUGUGUUGCAAAAAGUGUUUUAUGGUAAUAAUGCAGCAAGGGAGGCAUUGGUGGAGUUGUGUGGAGAUGAAUAUGUGCAAAGGAUGACAUUUGAUAGCUAUUUGUAUAAGAAUUUGGCUAGUGGGAAUAGGUGGGAAGAUGCUAAAAUGGUGAUGAACACAAUUUCAAGUUUGGUUAGGUGUAACAUUAUGGGGAGAGAAGUGGAAGCAUCUGCCCAAAAAAUUCUCUCAAGAGUAUAGGUUAUCUUAGUAGUCAAAUAUUUCAAUUUGGUUUAUGUU